AUUGGUACUUUUUCUUCUGCUAUUAGUUUCCAAAGUCCCAAAGGGCAUCCGAAACCCCGGAAAUUAAUCGUCUGUAAGUUUCUCAGUUCACGAACGCACGGCGCCGAUUCAAGGCUGAGCUUUCCUUCCGGCUUCCGCUUUGUCCAAUGGAGGAUAGCACGUUAAAGUCGCCGGCCGAACGGCCUACCGGAGAGGAAGAAACAGCAGCACCAACACAUCCGCCUAAAGAAGAAGAAGGCGGUGGAUGGGGCGGUUGGGGUUUCUCUGCGUUCUCCGUUUUCUCAGAUCUCCAAAAGGCCGCCGCCGUCGCCGCCGAAGAGAUCUCCCGCAAUGCUGCAGAGGUUGCUAAGACGGCAGCAAAGAGCAUUACAGAUAUCCAGAAUGAGUCUGAAGACUCAGAAACUUCCAAGGAGGAUGAUGUGGAAAAUUCUGCAUUAAAAGAAGAAGAUGAAGAUGAGCAUAACGAGCAGCGCAGGGCUGCUUUGGAUAGACUAGAGAAGGCUAGUGGGGAUUCAUUUCUUGGGCAGGGUUUGAAGGCUCUUGACAGUUCUGUGGAGAAUUUUGCAUCAGGAGCAUGGCAAGCAUUAGGAAGUGCAUUGAAAGGGGGCUCUAAUUUUGUUCAGAAGCUUGAGCAUUCUGCAGCAAACCUUGCAGAAUCUAUACAGCAUGGGGGUCUACCUGCGGCUGGUUCUGUUGCCCCAUCCAUCCUAGAGAGUGGAAAAGCUCUUACUGCAAAGGGAAUGCAAGUGCUUGAGCUAGUAGGAAAGGAGACCAUAGAUCUUCUUAUUACUGAAACUGGAAUUGAAGUUGAAAAGAAUUCGGAUAAAGCUCACUCACAACAUGAUGAGGAUCAGUUGUUUGAAGAAGUGACAUUUGAUAGAUGUUUCUACAUUUAUGGAGGUCCAGAACAGUUGGAGGAAUUGGAAGCAUUGUCCAACCACCACACUCUGUUAUUUAACAGAAGAAAAGCAAAGCUGUCAUCUGAACAGAAGUCUUUUUACGAUGUAAAACUAAAGCAGAUGCAACAAGUUUUCAGUUUAGGUUCUGAAAUUGAUGAAAGCAUAACAGAGACAGAAAAAGGAAAGAAAGUGGAGACCGGAACCAAGGGUGUUGCAGACGAGAUGAAGACUUUACAUGCUUCAAGUGUCAGUAAAGCUGCUGAAAUGGCUGCUGGCUUCACAAACACACUGGCAGGACUGGCUACAAAUGAUAUAAUCCAGAGAACUUCUGGCAGAUUGGAUUCCCUUCAUUCUGAAGGGGUUCAUAGGCUGUCAGAGAUAUGCUGUCUUGCAGUGACUCAGCUUCUGAUGCUUGGGAAAUCCAUCAUAUCUAAUGCAAACAAAUUCCAGGGCCAAGAUGUUGAUGAGGAUAUGUUGAAUAUUGACUGGCCUGAGGAUUCCCUUGAAAAAGCAAAGGUGAUUAGAAUACAGGCACAAUCAAUGACUGGAAAUGUGGAAGCUGUGUGCAACAGUUUUAUCAUUGGCAUAUCUGAGGUAGCUGAAGCUUACACGGCAGCUAUAAAAGGUGCCACUAGUGACCCGAAAGAUGUUUUGCAGAAACCAGUGCAGGAAAAAGCCAACACCUUCACCUCGAAUAUUCGUGCUGAUUGUACCACAGCCGUUGGUAAGAUUCAGGACGGGCUCCAAUACCUGUCUUACGUAGUUGUUUCAACCUCCAUGCCUUCUGCUUGAAGUUUUAAUUUUUUUUUAUAUCUUUGCUGGCACACAUCCACCAUAAUCCAUCCCUGCCAGAAGAUAACAUUAUUAUUUCUGGUUGUAAAUAGCUGCGUGCUGAGGUGGGGCUUGAUUCGGAUUAAAAUUCCUUCAUGCCCCUGCUGCUAUGUUCUCUAACUAAGACAGGGAAAGACAGGCUAGGCUUCUAGUUCCUGCCAUUGUUGGACUUAUCUACAAUUAGGAGCUGGUGAAACAGUCCUUUUUUCAUCAUUUAUACAGUGGGAAUAGACCUCCCAAAAAAAGAAGAUUUGGCAUAUAUUGUGAAGAUGAUGAGGUUUAUGUUGUGCAUAAUGUUUUAACCCCAAUUACUGGUAAACUUUGAGACACAUUUGGUGAUUGAUGUAAGCAUACAUAUUUACUGCA